AUGGUGCACUGUGCUGGUUGCGAGAGGCCUAUUUUAGAUAGGUUUCUGCUCAACGUGCUGGACAGAGCCUGGCACAUCAAGUGCGUCCAGUGUUGUGAAUGCAAGUGCAACUUGACUGAAAAAUGCUUUUCCAGGGAAGGGAAGCUUUACUGUAAAAACGAUUUCUUCAGACGGUUUGGUACAAAAUGUGCGGGAUGUUAUCAAGGCAUUUCUCCCAGUGACCUCGUAAGAAAAGCAAGAAAUAAAGUGUUUCACCUAAACUGUUUUACAUGCAUGGUUUGUAACAAACAACUGUCGACGGGAGAAGAACUAUAUAUCAUUGACGAAAACAAAUUUGUUUGCAAAGAAGACUAUCUGAACACCAGCAGCUUGAAAGACACAAAUUUAAAUUCAGUAUCUUCGUGCACAGAUCGGAGUUUAUCGCCUGAUAUCCAGGAUCAGAAUAUAGACGACACAAAAGAAACGGACAAUUCCACCUCGUCGGACAAAGAGACGCAGAAUAAUGAGAACGAGGAGCAAAGCACGGGCACCAAGCGGAGAGGACCACGGACCACGAUUAAAGCCAAACAGUUAGAGACAUUAAAAGCCGCCUUCGCCGCUACCCCGAAGCCUACGCGACACAUACGCGAGCAACUUGCUCAGGAAACGGGCCUCAACAUGCGGGUUAUUCAGGUCUGGUUUCAGAACAGAAGAUCGAAGGAGAGGAGGAUGAAGCAGUUGAGUGCACUGGGCGCGCGGCGGCACGCUUUCUUCCGAAGUCCCAGGCGCAUGCGCCCUUUGGGAGGGCGUUUGGACGAAUCGGAAAUGAUGGGGUCUGCUCCCUACAAUUAUUAUGGAGAAUAUCAAGGAGACUAUUACGGUCCAGCUGCAAAUUAUGACUUUUUCCCGCACGGUCCACCGUCCUCUCAAGCACAUUCGCCGGCAGAUUCCGGCUACAUGCAGUCCUCAGGACCUGGAGCAACCUCACUCGGAGUACUUGAGCCUCCGCUUUCCGGCCACCACCCUCCCACUAUCGGUGGCAGCGAAAACCAAAGGUACACGGACAUGAUUUCCCACCCCGACACCCCAAGCCCUGAGCCAGGUAUGACCGGACCUCUGCACCCGCUCCCAGGCGAAGUGUUCAGCGGAGGACCCAGUCCGCCUUUCUCAAUGUCCAGUAACAGUGGUUACAGCGGGCCGCUAUCACAUCCAAGUCAGGAGAUGAACGAGACGGCGGUCUGGUAA